AAUCUUCAGCAGUGUCAGUGGAAAUAAUCCGGUGGUUUACAGCUUUCCGAGUUGCUGAUUCCGUAAAUGUUUUGAAAUGAAACAAAAAAUAACAAUGAUAUAAUAUAUAAAUAUAUUUUAUUAUUGUGCAGCCUCUGAAAUGUUUCGUAGUUAAGAUUGGCGCAGACCCACUGUAAGUGCCACGUCAGGAAUUAGUUAAAAGCAUGGUGUGAGAGGUUUCAGAGAGGAUAUCUGGUUGGUGGGGUUUGUUUUGUAAAUUUUAGUAUAGGAGUCGGGGAGGAUUUCUAUUGCUGGUAAUUCGAUGGGUCAGUAGUUCAUUAAGCUGGAGCUAAAAUUUCUCUUUGUGGGUGAGUAGGUUGUGUAGUCAUUUCAAGUGGGUUGUUUGGAUCCGUGUUGUAUGAAGCGAGAAAGACCCAAGUGGGUGCUGCUAUAGAGCUCUUUGAACUGUAAUGGUAUCAUAUAGCUCUUUUGGAGGAAGGUGGAUGGAGUAGCUCUUUUGCAGGGGAGUUCCUGCUGCAGUACGAGAAGAGUUCCAGGUGCAGAGAGGGAAUGAGUUAAUUGAUAAGUGAGGAGAGCUCACUUUUGUGAUAUACGGAGAAAUGGCUGGUAGAAGUGCUGAGCCACCAGCUCGGCGACUGUCAAGGACACACACCACUGGUAACUUUGCAGAUUCUUUGGCUUUUGACAGUGAAGUAAUUCCAUCUUCUCUUGCUUCGAUUGCGCCAAUUCUGCGUGUUGCCAAUGAGAUCGAGAAUACCAGUCCAAGGGUUGCCUAUCUCUGUCGGUUCUAUGCAUUUGAAAAAGCUCACAAAUUGGAUCCUACAUCUAGUGGUCGUGGUGUUCGCCAAUUCAAAACAGCUUUGCUACAACGGCUCGAAAGGGAUGCCGAACCUACAUUGCAAGCAAGACAGAAGAAAAGUGAUGCAAGAGAAAUGCAGAAUUUUUACAGACAAUAUUAUGAGAAAUAUGUCAAGGCCAUUGAUGCAGCUGCUGAUCAAGCUGAUCGGGCAGAGUUGGCUAAAGCAUAUCAAACUGCUGGUGUUCUUUUCGAAGUCCUGAAGGCAGUCAAUCAAACAGAGUCUCAAGAACUUGCACCUGAGAUCAUGGAUUUUAAUAAAGAAGUUGAGAAGAAGACUGAAAUGUACAUACCAUAUAAUAUUCUUCCUCUUGAUCCAGCUGGGGCACGUAAUGCAAUUAUGCAGUUUCCUGAGAUUAAAGCUGCAGUAACUGCACUUCGCAAUAUUCGUGGACUCCCCCAGCCAGAAAGCUGGCAAAAACCAGGAACAGAUUAUGAUCUGCUUGAUUGGCUGCAAGCUAUGUUUGGGUUUCAGAAAGACAAUGUAGCGAAUCAGAGGGAACACUUAAUUUUGCUUCUGGCGAAUGUACACAUAAGGCAGAUUCCAAAGCCUGAGCCAUUGCACAAGCUGGCUGAAUCUGCUUUAAAUGACGUUAUGAAAAAGUUAUUCAAGAACUAUAAGAAAUGGUGCAAGUAUUUAGGACGUAAAAGCAGCCUUUGGUUACCAACCAUUCAGCAGGAAGUGCAACAGCGUAAAAUUCUGUAUAUGGGCCUCUAUCUUCUUAUAUGGGGAGAAGCUGCUAACUUGCGGUUCAUGCCAGAGUGCCUAUGCUAUAUCUAUCAUCAUAUGGCAUAUGAGCUAUAUGGGAUGUUAGCGGGAAAUGUGAGUUCUACAACUGGAGAACAUAUAAAACCAGCAUAUGGGGGUGAUGAGGAAUCGUUUCUUAGAAAAGUUGUGACUCCCAUUUAUCAUGUUAUUGAGAAGGAAGCUGAGAAAAGCAAAAAUGGAAGGGGAAAGCACUCUCAAUGGAGAAACUAUGAUGAUCUGAAUGAAUAUUUCUGGUCAGUAGAUUGUUUUCGGCUAGGAUGGCCAAUGCAUCAUGAUGCAGAUUUUUUUAAGACACCAUCAGAAGAGAGAUAUUACCAUAAGAAGAGUGUUUUAGCGAAUGAUACAAAAGGAUGGCUGGGAAAGACAAAUUUUGUUGAAAUUCGUUCAUUUUGGCACCUUUUUAGAAGCUUUGAUCGAAUGUGGACCUUUUAUAUUUUAUCCUUGCAGGCCAUGAUAAUUCUUGCUUGUAGUGGUUCGGGUCAACCAAGAGAAAUAUUUAAAGGGGAAACUUUCAAGAAGAUUUUAAGUGUUUUUAUUACAGCUGCAAUACUAAAGUUUUUACAAGCCAUUUUGGAUGUAAUUUUUAGCUGGAAAGCAAGGAGAACCAUGAAAUUCACAGAUACUUUAAGAUACUUUUUGAAGGUGGUUGUUGCUGCUGGAUGGAUGAUCAUCCUUCCAGUUAGUUAUGCUCAUACCUGGGAUAACCCUACUGGUAUCAUAAAAACUGUUAAGGGCUGGCUUGGCCAUAAGUGGGAAAGCCCUUCAUUGUAUGUUUCAGCUGUUGUGUUAUAUCUGGCUCCAAAUGCUCUUGGAAUGGUAUAUUUUCUAUUCCCUUGGUUGCGGCGGAAAAUCGAGAGCACAAACUGGAAAAUUGUCACUAUUCUGAUGUGGUGGGCACAGCCUCGGCUUUAUGUCGGACGGGGAAUGCAUGAGGGUCAGUUUUCUCUUUUCAAGUACACAAUGUUCUGGAUCCUACUUCUUGUUACUAAGGUUACUUUUAGCUACUACAUUGAGGUUAAGCCACUAAUUAAGCCUACACAAGCUAUCAUGCGAAUGAAUAUUCAUGCAUUUGAGUGGCAUGAGUUUUUCCCACAAGCAAAAAACAAUCUUGGCGUGGUGCUUGCUCUUUGGACUCCAAUAGUGCUUGUAUAUUUUAUGGACACACAAAUUUGGUAUUCCAUAUUCUCCACCUUGUUUGGAGGUAUCUAUGGUGCAUUUCGCCGACUUGGUGAGAUUCGCACAUUAGGAAUGCUAAGGUCGAGAUUCCAGUCUUUGCCUGGAGCUUUCAAUGCACGUCUGGUGCCACCUACUGGAGAGAAACAAGAGACAAAGGGUCUGAAUUUGAAGAGGCCAUUCCAGUCGCUUCUGUCACGGAAGUUUGAACAGGUUAAUCCAGACAAAAUAGAGGAGUUUGCUAAAUUUGCUCAACUCUGGAACCAAGUGAUUACAAGUUUUCGUGUAGAGGAUCUGAUAAACCAAAGGGAGAUGGAUCUACUACUUGUUCCUUAUUCUUCAGAUCGUGAGUUACCUAUCAUUCAAUGGCCACCCUUCUUGCUUGCUAGCAAGAUACCCGUAGCAUUGCACAUGGCUAAAGAGUUUAAAGGAACUGAUGAUGAAGAACUUAGAAAAAAAAUAGAGUAUGAUGAUUACAUGAAGCAUGCGGUUAAAGAAUGCUAUGAGUCAUUUAAACACAUUCUGAGAACAAUUGUUGUUGGCCAACAGGAUAAGAGUGUGAUUGAUGAGAUUAUUCGCAACGUGGAUGUAAGUAUUGAGGAUGGUAAGCUACUGGAGAAUUUCAACAUGAAGGAGCUACACUUGUUGAACUCAAAGAUUGUGGAACUCAUAGAGAAUUUGUUGAAAAGUGGUGAGACUACAUCUGAGGAGAAAAAUCCUAAGACCAUAUCUGAUGUGAAAACUGAUGAGAGUAUAUCUGGUGAGAAAGAGACUAUAUCUCGAGUUAUUAUUCUGCUUCAAGACAUGUUGGAGGUGGUCACUCGAGAUAUGAUUAAGGAUGGGUUUUUAGAUUUAAGCCAUGGCUCACUUUUAAGGCAGGAAUAUGAAACCACAGGUCAAAAGAAUUUACAGUUAUUUGCAUCUGAAGGUGCAGUGAAGAUUCCAAGAAAUGAUGCUUGGAUGGAACAGAUCAAGAGGCUUCAUUUACUAUUGACUGUUACAGAAUCAGCUAUGGAUGUCCCUGUGAACUUGGAAGCACGACGUCGUAUUGCCUUCUUUACAAAUUCCUUGUUUAUGGAUAUGCCUAGUGCACCCAAAGUUCGUCAUAUGUUAUCAUUCAGUGUUCUGACACCAUACUACAAGGAGGAAGUUCUCUUUUCGAAGGAUGUGCUUCAGCUGGAGAAUGAAGAUGGCGUGUCAAUUAUUUUCUAUUUGCAAAAAAUUUACCCAGAUGAGUGGAAGAACUUCCUAGAGAGAAUAAAGUGUGAAACAGAAGAGGAAGUUUUGGCAGAUAAAGAUAAAGUUUUAGAACUUCGGCUGUGGGCGUCCUAUAGAGGACAGACACUCACUCGGACAGUCAGAGGUAUGAUGUACCACAGGAAAGCCUUAGAGCUCCAAUCGUUUUUGGAUAUGGCGAAACCGGAAGAAAUCUUGGCUGGAUACAAAUUACAAGAAUCCCUACCAGAUGAGCAAAAAAGAAAUCAGCGAGCAUUGUGGGCACAGUUGCAGGCAGUGGCAGAUCUAAAAUUUACAUAUGUGGUGUCAUGCCAACUUUAUGGCAUACAUAAGAGAUCUGGUGAUACUCGUGCUCAAGACAUAUUGAAGCUUAUGUUGACAUACCCAUCUCUACGUGUAGCUUAUAUUGAUGAAGUAGAAGAGAGAGUAAAAGAUAAGUCUCAUAAGGCCUAUUAUUCAGUUCUUGCAAAGGCAGUAAAAGAUCAUGAUCAGGAUAUCUACCGCAUCAAGCUCCCAGGUAAUGCUAACCUUGGUGAAGGGAAGCCAGAAAACCAAAACCAUGCCAUUAUUUUCACUCGUGGUGAAGGUCUCCAAGCAAUUGAUAUGAAUCAGGACAACUAUCUUGAAGAAGCUUUCAAAAUGAGAAAUUUGUUGGAUGAAUUUCUUGAAGACCAUGGGGUACGGCCCCCAACAAUUCUUGGUCUUAGAGAACACAUCUUUACUGGCAGUGUGUCAUCACUUGCUUGGUUUAUGUCAAAUCAAGAGACUAGUUUUGUUACCAUUGGACAGCGGCUGCUGGCAAAUCCACUUAAGGUGCGUUUCCACUAUGGUCAUCCUGAUGUAUUUGAUCGUUUAUUUCACCUUACAAGAGGCGGAGUGAGCAAAGCAUCCAAAGUGAUCAAUUUGAGUGAAGAUAUUUUUGCUGGCUUUAAUUCUACCCUACGUCAAGGAAAUAUAACUCAUCAUGAAUAUAUACAAGUUGGUAAAGGUCGUGAUGUGGGACUAAAUCAAAUUUCUUUGUUUGAGGCAAAGAUUGCCAAUGGAAAUGGUGAACAGACACUUAGCCGUGAUAUAUAUCGCCUUGGACACCGUUUCGACUUUUUCCGAAUGUUGUCCUGCUACUUUACUACUGUUGGAUUUUACUUCAGCACUUUGGUAACUGUGCUUACAGUGUAUAUAUUUCUUUAUGGUCGUAUAUAUCUAGUUCUCAGUGGACUUGAAAAGGAAGUGGUCAAAAAAGCAGGUGCACAGCACAAUACUGCUCUGCAAGCAGCCUUAGCUUCACAGUCCUUUGUACAACUUGGAAUGUUAAUGGCAUUGCCUAUGGUGAUGGAGAUUGGAUUAGAAAGGGGAUUCCGCACUGCCUUGAGUGAUUUUGUGGUGAUGCAGCUACAGCUGGCUCCUGUUUUCUUUACUUUCUCUCUUGGGACAAAGACUCAUUACUAUGGAAGGACCCUACUUCAUGGUGGUGCCGAAUAUAGAGCUACUGGGCGUGGGUUUGUUGUUUUCCAUGCAAAGUUUGCUGAUAAUUACCGCUUCUACUCUCGCAGUCACUUUGUAAAAGGAAUAGAACUCAUGGUACUCCUUGUUGUGUACAAUCUGUUCGGUCAGACAUACCAGAACACUAUUGCUUAUCUAUUGAUCACCUUCUCCAUGUGGUUUAUGGUUGGAACUUGGCUCUUUGCUCCUUUCUUAUUCAAUCCUUCAGGGUUUGAGUGGCAGAAAAUUGUAGAUGACUGGACAGACUGGAACAAGUGGAUUAAUAGCCGUGGAGGUAUCGGAGUAUCACAGGAGAAAAGUUGGGAAUCUUGGUGGGAUAAGGAACAGGAACACCUUAAAUGUUCUGGCUUACGAGGGCGAAUUUGUGAAAUAAUUUUAUCGUUUAGAUUCUUCUUCUACCAGUUUGGCCUAGUUUAUCAUCUCAACCUUACAGGAGAUAAUAAGAGCAUUUUGGUAUAUGGACUAUCGUGGCUUGUCAUAGUUGUAGUUUUAUUGGUACUGAAGACUGUGUCGAUGGGAAGAAGAAAAUUCAGUGCAGAUUUUCAACUUAUGUUUCGGCUUCUUAAGGGCCUUCUUUUCAUUGGAUUCGUGGCAAUUUUAGUUGUUCUCUAUGUUGUUUGUCAUAUGACAGUGAGAGACUUGUUUGCAUGUAUCCUUGCCUUCAUGCCCACUGGAUGGGCCUUGCUUCAGAUUGCGCAAGCCUGUAAGCCACUUGUACACCGCAUAGGAUUUUGGGAUUCCGUUCGGGCUCUUGCACGAGUUUAUGAAUUUAUAAUGGGACUGCUGGUCUUUACACCUGUUGCUGUAUUGGCUUGGUUUCCAUUUGUUUCAGAGUUCCAAACUCGUCUGCUUUUCAAUCAAGCCUUUAGUAGAGGUUUGCAAAUUUCACGUAUUCUUGCCGGUAGAAAGAAAGACUGGUCCGCAACAAGUAAAGAGUGAUACCGGCUUUGUGCUCCUUAAGAUAGCAUGUGAAAAAAUUCUUAAAGGAAAGCUCAUUAAUUUAUGAAAUGAAGCCAUGGUAUCCUCCACAUAUAGUGGGCACACCAGUAAAAGUAUCUGGAUAUGGUGGCGAAUCAGUGUCAGUGGGAUAGAGAUUAACUACAUUGAUUAUAAUCAAAAUCUACAUAGUGACUGGCUAAUGACAUUAGCUCUGCCGCUGGACAAACUCUUUGAGCAGAUAUAAAUAUGUGACACUUUCCGUACUUUAUAGUUUAUUCCCUUGUUAUAUCCUCCUCUUUUAAAGCUUCAAGUCUUGUCACAGACAAUCUCACAUUCUAUUUAUAGACGAUUUAUAGAUGUCUGGGUCGGAAUCGAUCACAAUAUGAGUUGUGCUUUGGAGAACUCACAACCUCCAAAUUUGUUUCAGAAAUUGGUACUUCGCCUCUUCUACAACUGAAAUUUUAUAGGAAUGAAAAAUUAGCUUACAAGAGAAAUAGGCAUUGUGUUAUAUGUCGCCGCUAUCUAGAUCCAUAUGUAUACAUGGAUAUAUAAAUCAUAGUCUUUGGCUGAUAUUCUUGCAGCUUGCACAAUAUUUGUGAAGUGUAUAUAUAUGUUUAAGCAUUUUAAUUUGUUCUUUUCAAGACAA